ACGAAUUUGCUGAUAAUAACAUGUUUAGUUCGAUUUACUCCUGCGUGGGGUUAAUUCAAGAGUUUUGUUUCGUGUUCGACGACGCAUCAUGGAUCCAGAAGACAUCCUGGAGUCUUAUGCUAAGGAUUUGCUGAUACUCCCGGGUAACAGAAAACUAGAUGUUGUGGACGCCAAACCCGAUGAAAAACGCGUACAGAAUGAAGACUGUGAGCCGAUUGUGGAUGAAGACACAUUGCCGGGAGAAGUGCCAAGACGCAAAGGGUCACUAUAUCUCGACACCCCGGCGAGUCCAACAUUGAAGGUAUAUCCAAUGAACGGAUCAAGGCGAGGUAAGGUGCUUAUUUUCAACCACGUGCUGUUCGACGACGGAUAUUACUCAGAGCGAAUUGGAACUGAGAAUGAUGUUAAACGACUUUAUGCAACCAUGCCGCGACUCGGUUUCCAAGAGAGGGAUAUUAUUGUGUAUGAUGAUUACUCAUUUAGUGAUAUUCAGAGAACAGCUAUCAAAUUAGAGUUCGAUGAGGAUCUGCAGGAUUCGGACUGUUUAAUCGUAGUAAUUUUGACACACGGUGAAGAUGGUGACUACCUAAUGGCCAGAGAUAACAAAUAUCAUCUCUACAGAUUCAUUGAAAACUUCACUCCUACGGCACUGAAAUCAAUGGCUGGGAAACCAAAGUUGUUCAUAGUUCAAGCAUGUCGCGGAAAUAAAAUAGACAGAGGUGUGACACUCAGAGCCAAAUCUAUACAGGUUUCAAAUUCGAUGGACCACGUUGACUCGCAAACGGAAAUUUUUGUCUACCCCGAAUUUGCAGACUUGCUGAUAAUGAUGAGCUCACAUCACGGCCAUUAUUCGUUUCGGAACGAAACUGGAAGCUGGAUGAUCCAAGAGCUGUGCAACGUGAUCGAGAACUGUGAUAUAGAUUCCUCUUCUAUUUACGAUAUUCUAACUGAAACUAGCGACGCCGUGUCGAAGCGAAUUUCGAAUGCCGACGGUGCGUUGAACAAGAAGAAACAAAUCCCUAGCUUCUAUUCUACUCUCACCAAACGAUUGUACUUCAAGGCAUCCCGAUAGAUGAUUCAUUCGUUGUUUUUAAAACUUGAUCAAAUUCGUCAGAAUCAAUUUCUGAUAAUACUUUGUUCAUAAUGAUAGGGAAUAAUUAUUUAGCUGGAGGUUCCGAUUAUUGGAGACAUAAUUGGCAGAUUGAUUGAUGGUCUCGGUAAAAUCAAAAUGAAUCAGAGCUAUUAAAUGACAACGAACUUAAUUUAGGAGAUAUAUGAGCACAUGUAUGAAAAUAGUUUUGAUACACUCAAAUAUUCUGAUGGUAUAAACUUAGAAUCACCGCUGUGUGGCGCUCUCAGUUGUUUAUUUUGAGUUCAGUUUUGAUGACCCAUUACGCAAAGCGUUUGCAUGCCCAUGCAGCAAAAUGCAGACCGAUUUUAGGCUAAGAUAAGAUCAGACAAUAGGGGGUCUCUUACGGACCAAAUUUCUGUCAGAUACGGACCAAAUUUCUGUCAGUCGUUCUGAUUUCUGAUUGGCUGAUUUAGAUAAAUUUUUUAAACAAAGCCAAUUUUCUCAGUGUUGCCAAUAAAAAUAAAUAGCGUUGGAUUUGUAUUAAAUUUAGAAAUGGUGAAUUCAAUGAAUACUACGAUAUUUAGUUUGAAGGAAAUGUGACGGAAUUACAUGCAAGUUUAUGUAUGUGUUU